AUGAAGGAUGAGGUUAGAACUAUACCCAUGUGGAUCAAAUUACCCGGCCUAGACCUGAAAUACUGGGGGGCUAAAGCUUUGACUAAAAUAUGCGGUGGUGUUGGAAAAUUUAUCAAACCUGAUAACUCCACACUAAACAAGGACAAAUUGCAGUAUGCCCUUGUUCUAAUUGAAACUGAAUUGGAUGGCCCUUUGCCUGACUCUAUUACCUUCAUUAAUGAAAAAGGAUGCACUAUCACCCAGGUAGUGCAAUAUGAUUGGAAACCAAUUCUUUGUAACUUGUGCAAAAGGUUUGGGCAUGAAGGGAAAAGCUGUAAGAGAGGGGCCACCGUAACAAAAUGGGUGCCAAAAGUCAAACAAACCCAGGCCAUGACACAAACACAACAACAAAGUCAGCAUGCCACACAGCACCAAAAUGACAAACAACAGGAGGAUGAGGAUUUUACUGCUAUAAAGCGAAAAACCUCAUCACCACAGAGACUGACCUGUGCUGCGACUGAUGGAAUAUUGUCUGUGAACAACAAAUUUCACAUGUUAUCAGGGGUAAAUUCAAUGGAGCCAGAAACAUUGGAUGGCAAAUCCAUGCCGUUCGAGAUCUCUAUUUGGAAUGUAAGAGGGCUAAAUGACUUGGACAAAAGGAGAAAGGUCAAAGAGUUUAUCUCCUACCACAAAAUCCAAUUAUUUAGCCUUCUUGAGACUAGGGUAAAGAGAGCCAACCUUGGUAACAUUUACCUUAGCUUAUGUCCCGACUGGAAUCUUAUUUCUAAUCAUGCUCAUCAUUAUAAUGGUAGAAUUAUUGUCGCUUGGAAUCCUCAUGUUUUCACUAUUGAUGUUUUAGGUAUGACAGACCAACUUAUCCACACUGAAAUUUUGGUCAAUGCUACUAAUAUGAAGUUUCUAUGUACUUUUGUGUAUGGCCAUAAUGAUGUUCAAAAAAGAAACUGCCUAUGGAAUUUUCUUUCAGAUACAGCUGCGACCCACUCCAAACCAUGGUGUGUAGGUGGAGACUUCAAUGCUAUCAUGCACUUUGAUGAUAGAACAGGGUCCGUUGUGCGCGAAAAAGAUAUUCGUCCGAUGGCUAACUGUAUGCUUCAAUGCAGCCUUCAUGAUGUCAAGAGUAUAGGGAGAUUCUAUACCUGGAAUAACAAGCAGGAUGGAUGCAACAGAAUCCUAUCGAAGAUUGAUAGAUUCUUAUGCAACCAAACUUGGGAGACCACAUUUCAAGAGGCUAUAGUUCAUUUCUGUCCAGAAGGGGAAUUUGACCACACCCCUAUGGUGAUCACCACUGUGAAAGCGCACCAUGGCCUUAAGCCGUUCAAAUUUUAUAAUCAUUGGGUGACCCAUGAACUUUUAAAGAUACAGUCAAGUACACCUGGAAUCUUACUUGUGAGGGCACUAGAAUGUUUAAAGCUAUUCAGAAAUUGA